AUGCCGACUGACCAGCUUCAAGAUGUGCGCCCAAUGUUCCAGCCACAAGGGCGCAACUAUAUCGUUACAGGAGGCGCUCAGGGUAUCGGAUUUGCCGCCACACGGGCCAUAUGCGAAAUGGGCGGCAACAUUGCGGUGAUGGAUAUUCAGGCCAAGCCCGUGAAAGAAUUUGAGACACUGUCGUCAAAUUUUGGCAGUAAGACGAUAUACAUCCAGACCGACGUGACCAAAGAAGAUAGCUUGAACGCCUCUUUCACCAAGGCUAUUGACGAGCUAGGUUGGAUCGAUGGUUUGGUGCCAUCGGCCGGCAUCGCCAUUGAUAAGGCUUUCGUGGAUCAAACCUGGGAAGAGUUCACUCGCAUCCAGGAGAUUAAUGUCCGCGGUACUUUCUUCGCUGUACAACUUGCUGCGAAGCACAUGCUGAAGCAGGGCAAGGGGGGUUCCAUGGUCCUUCUGGCAUCCCAGUGUUCUUACAUCGCCCUCCCAGGGUAUCGUAUGGCUGCAUAUAACGCCUCCAAGGGAGGUGUAUUCAUGCUAGCCAAGCACUAG